AAUAGAUUGUAAUCAUUUUUAGUUUAUGUGAAGAUUUGACAUUUUCCUAAGAUUGAGAGAGUAUAUUUAGUUCUCGGACUCUAAAUAUUGUAUCAUAAUAUUUGACCAUUUUGGAUUUCUAGUAUCUGCUAAAUCAGUUCUAUGAUUCAGAUAAUAUAGCUUACAUGCAAACCAUCCUCAAAAAUUAAUUAUUUAAUAAUUUAAUUAUAAAAUAGCCUAAACUAUUCAUUAUUUGUCAUUUGUCACAUGUUUUUCAGCUAUAAUCUAUAGUAAUAGUUUUGUCCCUUGAGAAACCGUUUUUCCAGUUCUCUAGUUUGUUAAUUGGUGAUAGACUCACUGAAAGUCCCCGCAAAAGAUGCACUGGCUAAACUCAUCGAGGCAAUCAGGCGGAUGUUGAAUUAUUAAGGAUCAAGUAUCUACCCAUGUUCAUGGCCAGUUUCUAUACAAAAUAUCUAAGCUAAUAAAUUAACAAAUGUUUUUAAAACGUUGUCAAAAAAAAAAAAAACAAAUGUUUUAAAAACAUGAGAUUUUUUAUACAAAAAUCUCUUGGAAACAAAUGUCAACUUUUGGAUGGUCAGUUAUAUUUUCUAAAUGAAUUUCAAAAAUAUAUUUAAACAAUAUAAUAUUUUAUUGUCAAAAUAUUUAAGUAUUUACACGAUUAUAAAUAUAUUAGGUGGAUUCCAACGCAAUGCAACAAUUUUUUUUAUUUUUUAUAUGUAUAACAAAUAUGUAUAUAUGUAAAACUAUAUUUUUGAAUAUAGUUUGUUAAAUACCCGUUGUUAUAUCUUUUUUUGGUUAAUAUAUUAAUUAAAUGGAAUUGAUAUACUUAUUCUUGUAUAUUAAUUGUCAAAAGUACAACACGUAUUGUAUCGUGUCUAACUAAAAAAUAUAACAAUUUGAAAAUAAGAAUCACUGAUUAAAGAAAUUAAUUUUAAUAAUAUUAACUAGUCAUAAAAGUUUGAAUUUUGAUUUUUAUAAAAUUAUUAUUUUGUAUCUGUUAGUAUAUAUUUCAAGUAAUACUUAAAAUAUAUAACUUUCCCUAAAUUAUUUCUUUUUAGAACUUAAAUAUUAAUCAUGAUAAAAAUAUGUAAACAAGUUAAAUAUUAUUUUAUUUUAGAAAUCUUGUAAAAUUUAAUUUUAUGAAGUAUGAUUAUGUAUGCAACUAAAUUAAGAUAUUAUUUUAUUAUAAAAUUGUACAUGACGCAUAAAAUAAAAGUCGUAUCAUAUUUUUUAUUAAACCAUUUCAUCGUUUUUUUCUUUUAUAACAAUACAAUUAUAAUGUAUUUAAUGUGAUGAUGACACAUGCAUACAUAAGUUUUAGAAAUCAUUUCCCAAAUAAUACUUAGGCAAUUUUAACGUUGUUUCGAAUAUUACCAUUCUCAAGACUAUCAGAUUAUUUUUAAAAUAUGACUAAGCCGAACAGAGAUAUUUUGUUAGUUACAUAUAGGUAUACCAUACAACUAAUAGUUUAUAAUCUCAAAGAAACGAAUUUAUACCAUGGUGUAUAGAUACCAUGAAAAAGGUUUCAAUAUCAUAUUUUAUUUAAAAAUUCCACACACUUUUAAUAAAGUGAACAAAUAUAACGGGAAAGUUCAGUAAAAAAUAAAAAAAAUAUACUCCUAUAUAUAUUUACAACGGGAAAGCUAGAAACAAGACGAAAUGCCUCAAGUCUGAAAGAUAUAAUCAAAGAUUCUAGAUUUCCCCAUAUCUUAGCGUUUUACUUCUUCAAAAGUUGUCUCAAGACUUGAAAAAAAAGAAGUAUAUGCUCAACUUUUUUUUUGUCAGCAGAAUAUGCUCAACUAAAUAUGCUUUUGUUUAACUUUAUCUCAACUAAGUCUCUUUAAGGAUUGUGCACAAAAAAAAAGUCUCUUUAACGUUAAUCUAUACUCGAAUAUAACAAAAAAAUCGCAUUGUUGUUGCAAAAAUGUACAUUGUACUACACACCAAUCUCCAACCAAAAAAACAAAACCCUUAUAAUUACCCCACACGCACACAUACAAUAAGUAAACCCUCACAUCUCAAGUUAAGAAUAUCUCUAAAUAAUAUGAACGGCACGAGUGGAUCUUCUACGGCGGCUCCCGCACCUUCACCGUCGGCCUUAUUCCAACAUCGCCGCCGUCAUCACGGUGGCAUGAUGCACAUGACGUUCUUUUGGGGGAAAAACACAGAGGUUCUAUUCGACGGCUGGCCAGGGACUAGCCUGAAAAUGUAUUGGGUCUGCGUUGCCACCGUUUUCGUCUUUUCCGCAUUGUCGGAGUGGUUGUCUCGAUGCGGGAUCAUGAAAGCCGGUCCGGCUAGCUUAGGCGGCGGGCUAGCCCAGACAGUGAUUUACACUGUGAGGGCUGGUUUGUCUUAUCUGAUCAUGUUGGCUGUGAUGUCCUUCAAUGGAGGAGUCUUCUUGGCUGCAAUGGCCGGGUUUGGAGUAGGGUUUUUGAUUUUUGGAAGUAGGUCUUUUAAGGACACUGGCAUUAAUAACAAUCACACCGAGGUUCAAUCACAUUGUUGAUUCUUAUUUGUUUUCAUAUCAACUAUGCUGUUUGUGGGCUUUAUCAUUUUACAAUGAAAAUAAAAUCUUUCAAGAUUUUUAGAUUUAGUUUAUGAACUUAAAUUUUGCUAUAUUCUCU